AUGAAACUUCAGAAAGAAUUAGAGGAACGAGAAAAAGUCUUAGUGAAAAGAGCGAAGCAACAAGAGCAUCAGAGAAUGCAGUUGGCGAUGGAGAGUCAACAAUUAACAAAAGUGAGAGCGGAAUUUGAGGCGGUUAGAGGAGAAGAAACACGUGGCACAGGAACCAUUGUAAAAGAGGCCAUUAUAAAAGGGACCGUUGGCAAUAUGUCCAAAUUUUUGUUGAAAGAAGAUUGGACAAGAUGGUUCGAAAGAUUAACAAACUACUUCUCAGAAUGCAAGCAGAUGGAAGGACAGGACAUUAAGGCGUAUCUAGCCAAGCUAAAGAAGUUAUCAGCACAUUGUCAGUUUGGGGAACAGUUGGAGAUCCACAUUCGAGACCAGUUCGUAUGGGGGCUGGCCAGUGAGGAAAUCAGGAAGAGGUUCCUGGGAGAAUUACAAUUGACGUAUGCCAAGACGGUGGAGAUUAGCACAAGCAUGGAGAUGCCAAUACGUGAAGCGGCAGACAUGAGGAAUGCGGUGAACAGCAGAGGCAACAAACUCAAUUUUAUGGAUAAGAAAAAGAAAAUAGUAACCUGUUAUUGUUGCGGAAAAAAAGGUCAUGUAUCGAAAGACUGUCGUUUUAAGAGUUAUGCGUGUAACGCGUGCGGGAAAAAGGGUCAUUUAGAGAUUGUUUGUAAAAGUAAAGAAUCAAGUAAAGAGGAGAAAGAUAAUAGUGAAAUGCUCGGUGACAUAGAACUUAAAGUAAGCCUGAAAGUAGAAAAUAGAGUACUAGCGUUCGAAAUUGAUACAGGAUCGUUGAUCUCUGCAAUAUCAAAAGAGAUAAGUUUAAGUCGUUUGGAAAUGAGAUAA